GAAUCACUUUUCUUUUCUGCAAUCGAACUUGUAUUUUCAAAUAGAUCUCAUGUCGAAAGUUGAAAAGAAUAUUUGAAAAAACGUCCAAGUUUGUAAUUGAAUAUACUCGACUUUUAUCUAGUUAAUAUAGCAUGAUACUCAAAAUAUGUGACGAAACUAUUUCGAGGCACAAGCAACAUACAUACGUAUACGCGUUGAACUAUUUAAAUAGAGUACAAUAUUCCUGCCGCUGUCUAUACAGAAGUUUGCAUUUUGGUAAAGUUAAACAAAUUCGGAAUGAUAUUCGUUUAAGUAUAGAUCGCAUCAGUCGUUAAGAAGUAAUGCAUAUUCGUGAAAUGUAGAGACACUUCCUCGUGACGAGAAGAUAUUCUAAUUGUCAUCGCAUGGAAGUUUCCGGCAACUUGAACAUCAAGCCAGAAAGUAGUCUUUAAAUAAAAGGGCCAUGAUUCAUCCAAGCAGCACUCUUGCACAUCUAGCGAAACUUUUCGUGACAAUUGGUUGCAUGAGAACUCUUGGUAAUGAGUACGAUAAAACAAACACUUGGUCAUUUCGUGCCUUUCAAAUUCUGCUUUCGCACUCCAUACUGGGAGCACUCAGGUUUGGAACUCCGUUUCUUACAUCAGCCACCAAUAUAGCAAAGUACUUAAGGAUCUUCUACGAUUGGUACUCUAUGAUCGUUGACAUUAUGUCAUUGGCGUUGUUCACUGCUGGUAUCUUGCAAGGAUAUGGGAUCAGUGAGAAAGUUUGGCUCAUGCUACUCUCUUUGGGCAUACUGCCAAUAUUCUUUUAUCUGCAGCCAAAGCGAAAACAAAGUCAAAUAAGGAGGCAUCAGUUGUUCAUGAAUGUCACCACCACCCUACAAUUGUUGAUGAUCACGUUGGUCGGCCUAAGAAACAGUAAUUACAACGUUAUCAGCUUGGUCGUCUCGUACAUAUUUGAGCGAUUUUUUAUCGACGAACUUUGCUAUCACUAUGAGAUUUCAAGCACCGAUUUGAGCCAAUAUUCUUUGUGCUUCGUAGAAAUUUUCAUGGUUUUGACGCUGAGCGAACUGUAAAUGUAAAUCUAAUUGAUUGUAAUUCGGUGCUUGGUGUCUACGCAUUUUGAAUUCGCGAGCAUUUCGAAUUGUGAAAUUCCCUAGAACCAUGAGUGAACGGUGACGGGAUAUUGAAAAGUCACUAGAAUUGAGUGACAUCGCGAAUUUGUAACAUCGAAAAUUUACAUCCCUGAAUAAAAUAUCUUGAAAGUUACAUAAAACUCUUUGGAUUUUCGUAUAUAUUGAAAAAGAGAUUUAUUAUUUAAAUAAAUGCAGUACUUCAUGCAUUUGUACAUCAUGUCCGUCAGACAUUUUUCAGGUGGUUCUAGUAAUAUAAUUCAGGUAGUGGCCUAUCUAUAUGCAGGUUCUAUAUCAGUGCAGUGUACUGGAAACUGAAUCUUCGAUUCAGUCAGAGGACGUUUGCUGUGAUAGUACCAUUUGGAGUCUGAGAUUAACCGCCUUAAAUUUCAAUCGAAUUGAUUGGCAGUCGGUGUGAUCGAAUCGCUGUUUCCCGAUUUCUGUGUUUUCGAACAGUUGUCAAAUAAAUAAAUUAAGCGCGGUCUUCAUGAACGCGGACACACGGACGAACUAGAUCAAUGAAUGAAUAGUAUUGUGGUGAGCUGUGCUCUCACGUAUUGUGUAUUUUCGCUUGGCUCUCACGUGUCACCUGAGCUUUAUUGCUAGCUAAAAAAAAACACGGCUCUCGACGAUAAUUAUUGCACAGAACGAACGAGUGUGCAGGCAAAUCGAUCG